AUGCCGAAGCAGGAGAACCUUGUCUUCUGGAGGGAUUUAACUCCUUUUCCUACACCACUACGUGAACCAACCGACCUUUCACCGAGUGCUCUCAUCAUCGGCGGAGGUGUGACGGGCUUGGUUACAGCCUGGACUCUUCUAGACAAAGGUUACCAUGUCACGAUCCUGGCCAAGGAAUGGGCUUCCUACGGAACCUCUCAACGUCUCACCUCGCAGAUCGCUGGCGCUUUGUGGGAGUUCCCUCCAGCUGUCUGUGGCCAACACACGGACGCUAUCUCUCUUCAAAACUCCAAGCGAUGGUGCAUGGUGGCGUACCAUAUCUGGGAUGCCAUUGCGGCCUCGAGGACUCUUUCUGAGCUCGCUGGAGUCCGCAUGAAGUGUGCAGACUUCUUCUUCCCUGUUCCUAUUGAGGAGGAUCCCGCACAAAUGUCCAAGAUGCUGGAAAUCAUUUCAAGCGGUGUCCGUGGCUUCAGACGGGACCCAGCCAUCAUGGAUGAGCGGCGUGUCAACCCCAUCUAUGGUGCUGUCGACGCAUAUGAGCAUCUCGCCCCAAUCAUCGACACAGAUGUCUCUAUGAAUUUCCUCAAGGAUCUCGUUGUUGCAAAGGGCGCAAAGCUCGUUACCCGUACGAUUGUCGGAGACUUGUUAGACCAGGAAGAAAGCCUACUAGCAGAGUUUGGCGCCGACGUGAUCAUCAACUGCACGGGUCUGGCUGGCACCGAGUUGGCUGGGGACAAAUCAUGCUAUCCCAUCCGUGGUGGUCUCAUCAGAGUUGUGAACGAUGGUAGCGACUUCCCUAAACUCGACGCAGCUUUGACCAUCACAGCUGAUGCUGUCCAUGAUUCGAGCGAGAUUGUCUUCCUCGUCCCUCGCAAUGACAACAUCUUGCUCAUUGGAGGCAUUGCUGAAUCUCACGAAGAUCAGCUGAACCUGACCCUGGACUCGCCCAUCCUAAAGCGAAUGAGAGCACGUUGCGAGGCUUUCCUCCCGGAUCUCAAAAAGGCCCGACUCGACCCGGACUAUCCACUUGCACAAGGGCUACGGCCUUUCCGCCAGCGCAAUGUUCGCGUUGAGCGGGAGUUGCGUGCUCAGAAAAAUGCCUCCACUCCCAGCCGCAUUGUCCACAGCUACGGCCAAGGUGGUGCUGGAUGGUCUCUCUCCUUUGGCUGUGCUGGAGAUGUCGCCGCGUUGGUUGAGGAAGCUUUGCUAGAUCUCCCACCGUCUCCUAUGAUGCUAGAGGAGGUAGAGGAGAUUGUGCCCCUGCUUCUUUCAGAGGCCACGGAAAUGAGUUCGAGCGAGGGAUUCGAGAUCCGGGCAAAGUUGUAA